AUGGGAUCCUACCAGCAUCAACUUUGUUCAAUCAGGCGUCGGCAGCACCGUUCAGCAGUGACAGACCGGGAAGCCUUGCUGGAACUGAAGGCCAUCGUAGGCCAGCAAUCAAGCAGGUUGUCCACCUGGAACACUAGUGCUAGCCUAUGCCUCUGGCCAGGGGUAACAUGCAGCCACAGGCACAGGGGCAGGGUCUCAGCACUUGAUCUCAGCUCUGCCGCCCUUGCAGGCACCAUACCUGCGUCCGUUGGCAACUUGACAUUCCUGACAAGCCUUGACCUUAGCCAAAACAUGCUGCAAGGUGAAAUCCCUGCAACUGUUGGCCGCCUACACCGGCUGCAAUAUCUUGACAUCUCAAACAACUCACUCCAGGGUGAGAUCUCAGCUGGCCUGAGGAACUGCAGCAACCUUGUGAGAAUCAGGCUUGGCAAGAACCAGCUAACGGGAGGAAUCCCAGAUUGGCUUGGAGGCCUGUCAAAGCUCCAAGGUGUGCUGCUGGGGCCGAACACUCUCACAGGGGCAAUCCCCCAGUCACUCUCCAAUCUUUCUUCUUCCCUGAGGGAAAUCAACCUUGGGACCAACCACCUCGAGGGCACCAUCCCUGAGGGCUUUGGUAGAAUCCAUGGACUCGAGUCAUUCAUAGUGGCAGGAAACCAUAUCUCAGGCACCAUCCCUCCAGAUCUCCUUAAUGUGUCCUCACUGAUAAUGCUUGCGGUGUCUGACAACACGAUGCAUGGUACACUACCAUCUGACAUGGGGGCUGGCCUACCCAUGCUCAGAUAUCUCUUCCUGAACAUGAACCACUUCGCUGGAGGAGUUCCAUCUUCACUUGGCAAUGCAACCAUGCUCUAUGUGCUAGAUCUCAGUGUUAACAGCCUCAAUGGUACCAUACCACCAGGGAUAGGAAAGCUUUGUCCAGAUACCUUAACUUUCGAUGGCAACAUGCUUGAGGCAAGCAGCGCCCAGGACUGGGAGUUCAUCACAUACUUUAGAAAUUGCACCCGCCUACGUCUCCUCAGCCUCCAGUACAACAUGCUUGGUGGUGAGCUGCCAAGUUCCGUCUCCAAUCUUUUAUCCCAGCUUCAGUUGCUGUACCUCUCAGCAAAUGAGAUUUCUGGUAAGAUACCACUCGAUAUUGGCAAUUUGGCUGGCCUACAAGCACUGAAGCUAGACUACAACCAAUUUUAUGGGGUUUUGCCUGAUAGCAUUGGAAGGCUAUCAGCCCUGAAACUCUUGCAGUUUUCAAACAAUAACCUGUCAGGAAAUCUGCCUUCUUCAAUCGGCAACCUAACACAACUACAAAUACUGCUCGCAUAUAAGAACACCUUUGAGGGGCCACUUCCAGCCAGCCUUGGCAACUUGCAACAGCUAAAUGGUGCUGGCUUGUCCAAUAACAAGUUUACUGGCCCUUUGCCUAGAGAGAUUUUCAACCUGUCAUCCUUGACAGAUGAUCUUUAUUUGUCCUAUAAUUACUUCGUUGGUUCUCUCCCACCAGAAGUUGGAAGUCUUACAAACCUUGUACAUCUGUAUAUCUCUGAGAACAAUUUAUCUGACCCUUUGCCUGAUUCACUUGGCAACUGCUUAAGCAUGAUGAAGCUUCGAUUGAAUGGUAACUCCUUCAGUGGUGCCAUCCCUACAUCCUUUAGUUCAAUGCGUGGCUUGAUACUGCUAAAUUUAACAGAUAACAUGCUCUCAGGAAAGAUUCCUGAAGAGUUGUCCCGCAUAAGUGGUUUAGAAGAAUUGUAUCUUGCUCACAACAACCUUUCAGGACCAAUCCCUCAGACCUUUGGAAAUAUGACCUCAUUGAACCAUCUAGAUGUGUCUUUCAACCAACUGAGUGGCCAAAUCCCAGUACAGGGUGUGUUUACUAAUGUGACAGGCUUCUCUUUUGCUGAUAACGAUGAACUCUGUGGAGGCGUCCAGGAGUUGCAUUUGCCAGCUUGCCCAAACAAAACUUUGUGGCACAGUCAAAGAAAGCAUCAUAUCAUUCUUAAAGUCGUGAUUCCAGUUGCAGGUGCACUGGUGUUAUUCGUGAUCUUAGCAAUUCUUGUUAGAACCUUGCAAAAGAAAUCAAAAGCUCAAUCAGAAGCUGCACUGGUGACAGUAGAAGGUGAUCUCCAAUUGAUGGAUGGCGUGUAUCCAAGAGUUUCCUAUGCAGAUUUAGUACGUGGAAUAGAUGGAUUUCUAAGCAAUCGGAUUGGUACAGGGAGGUAUGGAUCAGUGUACCAGGGGAGCUUGGUGAUUAAUGACGCAACAACUAUUGUUGCUGUGAAGGUUUUUGAUCUCCAACAGUCGGGCCCUUUGAGAAGCUUCAUGUCAGAGUGUGAGGAACUUCGUAAGGUUCGGCAUCGUAACUUGAGAUUGAACAUUGCUAUUGACACUUGUGAUGCGAUGGACUACCUGCAUAAUAGUUGCCAGCCACCGAUAGUUCACUGCGACUUAAAGCCGAGCAACAUCCUUCUCAAUGAAGACUUUGAUGCUCUUGUCGGAGAUUUUGGAAUUGCGAAGAUUCUUAGAGACUCAACAGGCGACCCCCCAACCAUGAACUCCAGAAGCUCCACUGGCACCGGGAUAAGAGGAACAAUUGGAUAUGUUGCUCAAGAAUAUGGGGAAGGUCACCGAGUUUCCCCAUGCGGAGAUGUUUACAGUUUUGGAAUUCUACUCCUGGAGUUGUUUACUGGAAAGGCUCCUACCAAUGACAUGUUUGCAGAUGGCCUGAGCUUGCAGGGCUACGUCCAGGCUGCAUUCCCAGAUCAUCUGAUGGACAUUGUAGAUCCUGCUAUUGUAGCAGUAGAAGAAAACCAUGCGUUUGAUGUGCACAACGGAACCAGCAACGGUCCGCAGGGACAAAUCAACAGCAUCCUGGUAUCUGUUACUGGGCUGGCACUGUUGUGUACUAAGCAGGCACCGGGCAGAAAGGAUAUCCAUGAGAAACGCAGACACUGA